AUGACUGUAUUCUAAUGUGGAAACUGCUAAUAUUUGGUAAUUUAGGAAAUUAAAUAUUAUACAUAACUACCUUCUCAUUAAAAUGUAUUAAUAAGGUUUUUUAAAAAUGAUGAGAUUACUAUAAUAGUUGAUUAUCUCUAUGGUAAGGAGAUUAUUAGUUCUAGAUAUUUAAUAGAAAUAUUUAUAAGAAAUCAUCAUGACCCUAUAUUCUAACUGAAUAUUAAAACCCAAUCAUCUUAGUAAUAUAGUAAUUUAAGAGAUUUUGAAGUGUUUUACACUUAACCAGAAAUAUUAUUUAAUAAUUUGAAAGAAGGUUGUUUAGAUUAAAUUGAUGAUAAAUGUUUAAUUUGCCUAGAAGGUUGGAUUUUAGAUGAAUUUCUAGAAAAUUGUAAUCCAAUUUGUGGUGAUGGAAUCAUUAGAGGUUAAGAAUAAUGUGAUGAUACUAAAGUAAUUUCCAAUUAUUCUUGUUAUUAAUGUAAAUAUUCAUGUACAGAAUUUUGUUAAAUUUGUUAAUUUGGAAUUUGUUUAUAAUGUAUAGAUGGAUUUACAUUGUCUUUAAAUAGAAAAUAUUGCAUGCCUUUAUGUAAUGAUGGUAUCAUUUAACAAUUUGAAGCUUGUGAUGAUUAUAAUAACAUUCCAUUUGAUGGAUGUUACAAAUGUUAAUCAAAUUGUGAUUUAAGGUGUUAAUUUUGCAUUGAUUCGAAAUUUUAGCUUUGUGAAAUUGGAUGGUAACUUAUUGAUAAUAAAUGUUAUUCUUAUUGUGGAGAUGGAUUAAUUGCUUAGCAUUCUAUUGAACAAUGUGAUGAUGCAAAUUUGAUUGAAAAUGAUGGAUGUUUGAUUGCAAACUUGAAUGUAUUCCUUAUUGUCUUUCAUGUUUAAAUAAUGAUAUUUGUUUAAUUUGUUAAGAUCACUUUCAAUUAGAAGAAUAAUCAUGUUUACCAAUAUGUGGUGAUGGUGUUAUUAUCAAUGGAUUUGAGGAUUGUGAUGAUGGAAAUAAUAAACCAAAUGACGGAUGCUAUAAAUGCUAAUUUGAAUGUUCAUAAGGAUGUCUUGAUUGUGAAAAUGGAUAAGGUUGUAAAAAGUGCAAUAAUCAAUAUAUUUUAAAUAAUGAAACGGCUCAAUGUUAUGAGAUUAUCCCUUUAGAUGAUUAGAAUAAAGAGAAUAAAUAUAAUAUAGUAUGCAGCCAAAACUUUAUUUUAAUAGAUUAUCAAUGUAUCAAUUAAUGUGGAAAUGGAAUUCUUAAUUUAUAAUAUGAACAAUGCGAUGACGGAAAUUUAAUUGGAGGAGAUGGCUGUUCAUUUUUUUGUAAUGAAGAAGAUUCCUAUUAAUGUAAAAAUCAUGAAGGCAGUAUGA